AUGACUCUAGGGGGUAUUAUGAGUAUACGGCUUCAUCAGUUAUCAACUUUUAGUGUUUCCUAUAUGAUAAAAUGCAUUCUGCCAUUAUUUUUACUUCUAGUAAUACAUUCAAAACAAGUAGUAGCAGACGUUCAAUUUAACUACAAAGGUUGCUUCCAAUCUACUGAUCUUACCUCCUCGUUGGAGGAAAUCGGAUAUUACCAAUAUCAAUCUGUAAACUAUUGCCAGGAAUCAUGUGGAAGUUCCGCAGUAGCUGCACUAUUUGAUGGGAGUACAUGCUAUUGUGGUAAUUCAGCAUCGCUUUUAGAUAGCCUUACAUCUCUCUCGGAAUCAGAAUGUGAUGUCGAUUGUAAUGGUUGGCCAUACCAAAUGUGCGGUGGCUCAACAGCUAUGAAUGUUUAUGUUAAUGCAGAGAUUACUGCGGAUAGUACAACAAGUAGCCAAACAUCGACUAGUUCAUCUGUUAGUGGAUCAACUACAUUGAUGACUUCAACACGAACCUCAACCACAUCAGCUACUGGUAUAAGCACUGGCACUUCUAUCUCAUCGACCAUAUCAUCUUCAUCCUUACCAUCUUCUUCCUCUGGAACUUCCUCCUCCACUGGAAUCUCAUCCUCCACUGGGAGUUUAUCCACUAGUGAAAAAGAUCCGAGUUCAAGAUCUUCAACAAGCGUUACUUCCACACAAGCACAGGUGUCUACUUAUAUUUCUGUUAGAUACACUACUAAUGUCGUCAUUCAGUCUGUGAUUAAGACUUCGAAUAGACCUGCAUCAACCAUAUUAGUAACUGCGACAUCAAUAAUUGCAACAGAAACAGCUAACGUAGCAACCAAUAAUGAUACAAAUAAUAAAACUACAAAUGGAUCACAUAAAAAGUUAAGUGGUGGGGCAAUUGCUGGUAUUGUUAUAGGUGUAGUAUUCGGUGUAUUAUUCCUAAUAUUGGCAGUGACCUUAUUUUACUACUUUAAUAGAAGGAACAAGAAAGACGAUGACCUAGUGGUAGAUUUAAGUGAAAACAAACAAUAUCAACCAUACUCAUACGGUGAAGAGGAAAUUUCCCCAGUAGUUGUACCUCCAACAAAUACACUAACUAGGGAUAAUACUAAACAUAGUAUGCCUCCAAAAGCAUGGGGUGCUGUAAAAAGUAGUAGGAUAUCAUCAUCUUCAGGAAGUUUCCAAUCAAACAAUGCAAGUGGCAAUCUUCUAAAUGAAGAACCUCUACCGACAACGAUAGUAGACGAAAAUAAGAUACAUAGUAAUAUAAGGGAUGAAAAUCCAUCUAACUUUACAGGAAUGAGUUCCAGGGGACACACAGAUACAUUUGAGGACCCUGUCACAAUAUAUGCUAGCGAAAAUAUAUUUAGUGCAACUUCGUUACAAGACAUAGGAAAUGAUAACCAAUUACGUAUUGUAAACCCAGAUGACCCAGAAAAGCCUUACGAAUCAUAA